AGAUAUAUAUCCUCCGAGAUAAAGAUCUCCCCCAACCCCCACCAAAACCCUCACCUGAGAUUUGGUUUCCGCCGCUCCGAUGGCCGCCGCCCCCGCGGUCCGCACUCUCGUCUCCUCCCCACUCACCGCCUCCGGCUUCCCCCUUACGCUCUUCCUCUGCAAGCGCUUCCGCUCCUCUUCCCCGUUCGCUGGCCUCCUCCGCCUCCGCCCAACGCCGCCCGGCCUCUCCCAUGCGGCAGUCCGGUUUGGGGCGGCACGGCUAAACUCGGUCCGGUGCAUGGCCCGCCGGGCCGGCGACUCUGCGUACUCGCCGUUGAACUCCGGUCCGGGCGGAGGGUUCAGCGACAGGCCACCGACGGAGAUGGCACCGCUGUUCCCUGGGUGCGACUACGAACACUGGCUCAUCGUCAUGGACAAGCCCGGCGGGGAGGGAGCCACCAAGCAACAGAUGAUCGACUGCUACAUCCAAACACUGGCCAAGGUCGUCGGCAGUGAGGAGGAAGCUAAGAAGAGAAUCUAUAAUGUGUCUUGUGAGCGGUACUUUGGAUUUGGGUGCAAGAUUGACGAGGAGACAUCGAACAAGCUGGAAGGUCUUCCUGGUGUUCUCUUUGUGCUUCCAGAUUCUUAUGUUGAUCCUGAAAAUAAGGACUAUGGAGCCGAGUUGUUUGUGAAUGGGGAGAUUGUGCAAAGAUCGCCAGAGAGGCAACGGAGGGUUGAGCCAGUGCCACAGAGAGCUCAAGAUAGACCCAGAUUCAAUGACAGGACACGGUACAUGAGGCGGAGGGAGAAUCAACGAUGAGCACAUGUUUUCUAGCUGAAGGACGGAAUUUUCGUAGCAUGCUUCAGCUGUGCUUGCCACUUUCUUGGCAAAUGGUGGUGCUGGAAGUUGGUCAUCAUCAUGCUAAGAUAACAGUUUUAGCUGGUCACCAGCUGCGAGCACUACCUCAGGGGGAUGGUGAACUUUGGGAUCGUAGACAAACGUAGCUUGAUCCAGGUUUUCAGGCUGGAUUAAUUUCAUACCAAGCCCAGGUAAACUUCAGCUCAAAAUAUCAGCUGUUGAAAUCAAUCUGGCAGCUAAAAUCAAAGCACAAGGCAACUGCUUUUAGUUGAAGUUGUGAUUAUGUUUUGAUAUGGCAAUGAGGAAACUUCGGUUAGAUAUUUGCAUAAAAAAGACCGGAAUUUCAAGUUUCGAUCGAACUUGAGUUGCUUGAUUCAUGCUUGAACUCAAGUUUAAUUGUAAGUUGAGCUUUAUCAAAUAAGAAACAAAGCUUGAUCUUGCAUUGGCUGAGCAAUCAAGCUCAAUUUUUACAUUCCA